AUGACCGUCUCGGGUACACCCCCAGAACCGGAUGACUCCGGCCCACUGGCCUCGAGGGGCGGAUCCUCGAACCACGAAGUCCAGGCGUCCCCUGGGGGGGGCGGGCCUGCUUCAACGCCCGCAGCCCCUCGGGAAUCCGUCCUGGAGUCCCCCGAGUCCGCGCCCAUGGACGCCCAAGUCGCAUUGACCCGGUCGUUCGUUAUGGUGGCAAUGGCUGGGAAAAGUCUCGACGCGGAGCCCGCAGUCUACUAUCACCAAGGUUCCGACUUCGUGCUUUUAGACAUGCUCAAGAACCAGCUGGCGUAUCUCCCCGACCUCAGCGUUCUCCGGCCCGAGUCCUACAUCGAAGAUGCGAUCGUCGGUGAGCCCGGAGAAUCGGACCCCGAAGAGGAGGAGAGGCUCCGGGCCAUCCUCCGGAAGCACCGAAUGAUUUUCUUGGGAGAAGGGAAUGCGCAUCCUCCCCCGGUCCGGGGCGUCGUGUGCAACCUGGCGGUGUAUGAGUUGCUCAAGCGUCUCCUGGAAACUGAUCUGAUCGAGUACUUUGACUCGGAGUGGGCAUCGGCCAUCGUCCUCGUGAUGAAGAAGAACGGUAUCGAUGUCCGCUUGUGCAUCGACUACCGCAACUUCGCCGCCACUAUGUGGUUCAUGACUCUGGACAUGGCGAGUGGGUUCUGGGCGGUUCCAAUGACAGCCCGAGAUCAGCUGAUCUCGGCCUUCAUUUGCCCGCUCAUACACUUUCAGUGGAAGCGCAUGCCGUUCGGGCUGAAGAACGCCCCACUGAUCUACCAGCAUUUUUUGGAUAACUGUCUCUGGAGCUUCGUACGGCUACCCACGGAAGAGGAACGGCUUGUCGACUCGGAGGUGUUAGAGUUCUUGGGAAUUUCUCCCGAGGACGCCCCGAUGGGGCCUGUGCUGUCCCGGAGUUCGUACAUUGAUGACAUUAUCUACGGAGCUCCAUCCUGGGAUGACCUAUGCAAAACGCUGAAUGCCCUCCUGUACCGACUGUGGUACUGGAACAUUUCGGUUCUCAACUUGCCGUUCCCGAAGACCCAGAAAGGAGUACAGUCCUUCCUCGGGAGCCUCAAUUACUACGCCAAGUUUAUCGAGGACCUACCCGUAGUCGCGGCCACUCUCUACGAAGCAUCGGACGAGCAACUGCGUUCCGGACGAGAUUUGGAGAAGCCCAAGCAUGCGUUCAAGAUACUCAAGGACCGGCUAGUUUCGAUCCCACUGCUCCAGCACCCCGACCCCGGGAGACAGUAUGUAAUAAUAUUGCAUGCCAACCCCUGGGCCAUCAGCGCGGUUUUGGAGCUGGAUCACGACGGCGCCAUACUACCUGUGCGGUUCGUGGGGCGUGUUCUCCAGGACGCCGAGCUUCGGUACCAUCCCGCUGAAAAGGAGGUUUUAGAACUGCUCCGCGUUCUGAACACAUGCCACACGAUGAUUACCAACUGCUCCGAGAAGAAAAUUCGCGUGUACACCCCGUACUCGAUGCUGGCAUGGCUGUUCAAGUCCAAGACGGUGAACGGAAGAUGCCUCAAGUGGGCGGUCAAUCUGUCUCCCUGGGACCUCGACAUUCGACGAGUUGAGAACGACGAAGAUGGAUUGGCAGCGAUCCUGGGGGCGGUCAUCCAGGACCAGUCAUCAUUGGAGGUCACGGACCCCGGGGAAUGCAAGUUGCUCCAAGACCUGAAUCGGAUCCACGAAAAACCGAUGAAGGACCCGAGCCCCGGGAACAGUCGC